AUGGCCAAGAUAGAGCUGUGGCACAUUGGCAGUGUGGCCAUUCUUGCUUUGAUACUCCUCCACCUGUAUUUGUCGCCGUACACGAAAGUCGAAGAGUCCUUCAACAUCCAAGCCACACACGACAUCCUGAAAUAUGGCGUGCCAACAAGUAACGUCUACCUCAAGCUCAAGGCUCAAUACGACCACAUGACUUUCGCCGGAGCCGUACCCAGGACAUUCAUUGGGCCUCUAAUUCUGGCCGCCAUAGCAAAGCCGUUCAUUUGGUACGGCCAGCUUGACGGACUACAACAGCAACUGCUCGUCCGGGGCGUACUAGGCCUCUUUAACGGCGCUGCCCUGAUAAGCUAUGCGUCGGGGGUAAGGCGAGCAUAUGGCGCCGCGGCAGCAAACUGGUACACCGUGCUCCAGGCCAGUCAAUUCCACAUCAUGUACUACUCGUCACGGACGCUAACCAAUAUGUUCGCAUUUGGGAUCACUACACUCGCCCUCCGUUUCCUCCUUCCAAUGCCUCAACAACCACGAAUCAAACACGCAAGACUAGCCCUCUACCUCCUGACCCUAGCGACCAUCAUCUUUCGCUCUGAACUCGCCCUGCUUCUAGCCUCUCAAUGUUUCUAUCUUCUCGUCAAAUCCGCAAACCUGUCGUCAGCCAUCUCUCUCGUCCGAACAAUCUUCCUACCAGCCAUCCUAUCCGCGACAAUCGCCGGCCUCUUCCUAACAGUCAGCAUCGACACCAUUUUCUGGCAAUCGCGCACUCUCCUGUGGCCAGAACUCGCCGCUUUCCUGUCCAACAUCUUCCCAUCCAACGAUAGUCUCGGCGCAUCGGCCUGGGGUACAUCACCAUUGCACUGGUACUUCACAUCAGCAUUGCCACGACUCCUUCUCAACCCUGCCCUGCUGUUGCUGAUACCAUGGGGUCUAACAGCAACAACAACACUGCGCCCGGCACUCCUCGACCUCAUACUCCCGUCUCUAAGCUACGUCGCCAUCUACUCUAUCUUACCGCACAAAGAAACGCGCUUUAUAUUCCCUGUCGUCCCACCGAUAACGGCUGCCAUUGCCGUCUGCGCAGCAUAUAUCUCGAACCGCGCCGAUCGUUCUGUGUUGUACAAACUCACUCACUACAUUCUGAUACUCACCACGGGUUUGACGACCAUCUUCGCCACGGGCGUCCUUCUCCCGCUGUCCGCACUGACGUAUCCUGGGGGUCAGGCUGUGGAAGCUCUACACGCAGUAUCCGUCAACUAUGCUCCUCAGCCGCAGAUUCGCGUACACUUGACGAAUCUCGCGCUGCAGACGGGCGUGACGCAUUUUCUGGACGAGCCGUCCUUGGAGAUCAGUGGUAGGCCUGUCUUUACGCUCCCUGGGUCGUCGGACGGUCGCAAGCCGACGAUCAGAUCGAAGCGUCCUACACGGUGGCUGUAUGAUAAGUGUGAUAACGAAACGGAAUUCCUGACACCCACUUUCUGGAGUCAAUUCGAUUAUGUGGUCGUUGAGGAUCCCAGUCGUGUGAUUGGUGCGUGGGAUGUCGUUGACAAGAUUCCGGGGCUGGGUAAGCCCAAAAUCCUACGACCUGACGUUGGGCGCGGGCUUCUGGUUCUGGGACCUAAACAGCAGAGGAGAGAAGAUGAUGGGUUUUCUAGGUUGACGGAGGCCAUGUACGGGUCAGCAGCUAAAUGGGCGUAUGGGGUCGUGCAUGACGUGCUCAGAGAGGGAUUCGGCGCCGAUAAGCUGCUAGGCAAGAGCUGGAGCUGGACGAUGGGGUGGUGGGUGCAUUGGGGGUUGGAGACGAAGUUGUACAUUCUGAAGAGAGGCGAAACUCCGAUCAGUCCAUGA